UAAUUUCCCUUUUGGUAAAAAUAGUAAAACUCCGUGUUAGUUCACAUUUGGGAAGAGCAAAGUAACUAGUAGAAGGUAGCUAGGUACGCUAAUGUUUAGCUUUAAUCAGUGGAGGUGCGCAAUUUUCCACUACAUUUCAGAUGGCUGUACGCUGGUUAUGCAGCCUGUUUGGAAAGCCCUUUGAUGGUGGGAAGAGGAUGGACCAUGGCGGCCCGCAGCAGCAGCAGCCGCAUCCCCAUCCCCAUCCCAUGGAGGCUCAGCAGCAGCCAUACCAUCCACAGCACCCGGCUAUGAUGCGUCUGUACGAGGUCCAGAAGGAGGUGGCCUCGCUGGGGCCUCAGGUCUGCACCUUCAGCGGCCUCCAACACGACCGCGACUACAAACGUCUGGAGCGGGAGCUGACCCGGCUGCAGCUGGAGGUGGACCAGGUGGACACUGAGGGCAAACCGGAGCUGCAGGGGGCCCGAAAGAGAGCAGCGCAGGAGGUGGAAGGCCUACUGCGAUACCUGGAGGAGAACGCCUCUCACCCGUCCCGAGUGGCCAUCGAGGAGCUGAGCAACGAGGCGCGGCGACUGGUGGAUGAGAAGGUGGUGGCGCCGCAGCGUGCUGGAGGCGUGGCUGAGAUAAACGAUGAGCUUGUGGAUGCGUUGCAGGAGCUGGUGCUGAAGCUCACCCAAGUCAAGACCGAAGGGAGGGUGCCGCUCCGGAAGGCGCGUUACCGAGCACUAACACGCCUGUGUGCUGUGCAGGAUGUGAUUGAAGGGCGCACUCAGCAGCAGACCCUCUCCCUGCCACUGUCAGGGGAUACCCAUGAGGCCGUGCACCGCAUCAACCAGGUGAUGGUGAAGGUGAGCGUGGCCCGCAGUCAGCUGGUGGCUCUGCUGAUGGGCCUGAGUGGGCGGGACAGCUGUGCACACCUGUCUCGAAUCCUGACGGAGAUGCAGGUGGAGCUGGAUGCUCUGGAUGUUUCUGGAAACGCUGCAGUUAGAAACUACCGGAAGCAGGUUGUGGAGGAGAUAAACGGGCUGCUGAAACAUCUGGACCUGGAAGGAGAGGGAGAUGAUACGCGAAGGUACGACUUGGCGCAGAACAACUCCAUCCGUGAGAUUGAGGCGGUCCGAGCUCACGUAUCCCACUUGCGAGAGGGCGUCCUGCGUCACUGUCUAAUGGGCGACCUGACCUUCAGACCCAAAGCAGAGCUGCAGAGCCUCCUCAUGCACCUGGACCAGGUGGACACGGCCAAGAACCCAUGCAUCCGCGAGGCCCGCCGCCGCGCCGUAGUGGAGGUCCAGGCCGUCAUCACCUUCCUUGACCUCCGAGAAGCUCUCGCCCGCCGCUACCCGGGCCCCACUGAGCAUCCAUCGCACCGGGCCGUGUGGAUGGUCCUGGGCAGCCUGUCGGACCUCCAGGCCCAGGUUCUGGGCUUCGACGGGAAGAGGGCCGAUAAGAGCUACAUGAUGUUGGAGGAGCUGCUGACCAAACAGCUGCUGAUGUUGGACGCCGUGGACCCACAAGGCGAUGAGACCACCAAAAUGGCCCGAAAACAGGCGGUGAAGUUCGCCCAGAACAUUCUGAGCUACUUGGACAUGAAGACGGACGAGUGGGAGUACUGAUCCACAAAAGACCGUGUGGGAGUGGAAGGAACUGCUAAUGUGUGUGUAUAAAGACUCUUAUCAUUCCACGGGCUUGACUCUGUAAAUACUGACUCAAACCCCCAGAAUGCACUGCAGCAGCGCUUUUCUUUUCCUCCUUUUGAGAAACACACUGAAGUUUGAGGAUUUUUUUUUGUAUGUGUGUGUUGUCCGUUGUGUUUGUGUGCGGUUGUUGAAGCCUGCUGCCAAAGCACUAACUAGCGCCUGUUUCGGUGGUCAUUUCCUCCAGACUGCACUUCGAUAAAACUGCCCGAGUGUGAUAGAUUGCUUCGCAGCGGCUUCCCCGUUUGGCCUGAUUAACGUGAGUGUCAGUUGCUAAUGGAGACAGCCAGUGUGUAUGUGUUAAAUACAGUGACCUAAUUAUGGAGAGUGGUCCGCCGCUCCCAGAUAGUGAUACCUGUUGGUACUGUGCCGAUCUGAGGCGUCAAACAGCAGGAAAAAAAAUCUGAACAUUACUGCCAGAUUUACAGCUAGAACUAAAUUUAUUUUGAAGAAUUUGUGGUCUGAUUAGAUUUAUUUAAAGGAGCUAGUGGGUAAUUUUGGUUAUUUGAAGUGGGAUUGUAUGCAGUAUUUAUCCAUAGUUGGAAAAUUACAUUGGUUAUUAUUAGUGUUUAAACUUUAAAUUGAAAAUAAAAUGAUUAGUAAUAACCUAGGGCACAGAACAGGUAAAAUAAUACAGACAUUUGGAUGUUGAAGAAGUCAUUAUAUCCUUAUAUAAUCAGAAAGUCAUAUUAAUUACAGUUUGUAUGCCUAAAUAGUGAUAUUAGACAUGCCAACCACAUAUAAACAUUAGAAACAAUACUGUUAACCCCAACCCUGGAAACUGGAAAUGCUUAUUUAGCCAGAGAUACGAUUAUUCAGUUACAAAACACAUUAAAGUUUUAUAAAGACUUACCUUUGCUUUUACCACAGACAUAAAUAAUGUGUAUUUGCAUGUUGCAAAUGUUUGAUCCUGAUAAAAGCAGCUGGAGAUGAAUAUAAAACAGGAGGAAAAGAUCUGUUUUUUGCCAAGACACGGAAGCAGAGACAUGCACUGCAGCAGUGAAACAUUAAUACAUAGAGAAAAAUCUAAAUCAGUGAAGGUGUAGGCUUUAUUUAGAACAUUUUCUCUGCUUUAACUUGUAAUAAGACUGAAGCAGUUAUGUCGAAGCCUUCAAAUCCACCAGAUUCAACUGGAAAAAGCAGUUGUUUUACCUGACAGAACACAGGAGUUGCUGGUGUACUGCUGCCUCGAGUGGUUGGUUUCGGCAUGUGAUUGUGUACCUUUAGUAUUUUAAUAUUUCAGUUUGGAUCUGUGUUAACAAAUAAACUAAACACUACAGCUUGGAAUAGACGAAUCCAUCUCGUCGACCCAUCUCCUCAAGAAACUGUAUCAGCACUGGAGAAGGGUCUGCCUGAAUAUGUUAUCUUCUUGUACUUGUUUGUGUUUAUUUAAAGCAGUCACAAAUUUUACAACACAACACUGGUAAUAUUGCACUGCAAAACCAGAACAAAAACUUGCUAUUUUCAGUGUUGUUAUUCGUAGGUGGUUGUUUCUUUGGCGUAACACACAGGCAGCAGCAGGCCUUUUCCAAUGACUUAUUUCCUUGUGAUGGAUCAGUAACUCUUACAUUAUAUGGACAAAAGUAUGUGGACACAUUGAAUUCAGGUGUUUCUUUUGUAACAGGGGUCUGGGAUAGAAAACAAUAAUGACA